AUUUUAAUUAAUGUGGGUGGGCUGAGAACACCACCGACUGUUUAUGAUGGUCAAUUUAUUCCCCAUGUGCAAAGUCAACAUAACACAGCGUGCACGUGCAACAAGCACCAACAUGUCGCGGGGCCCGGACGGGGCCGCGGGAGUCACUCAGUGCCGGCGGAGGAGGAGGUGGAGGAGGAGGAGGAGAGGAGCUCCGGGAGCAGCCUUCACUUUCCCCGGGAGACACCCCGCCGCGUCCCCGGCGCCAUGACCCUCUACCACGGCCGCCUCGGGAUGCGCCUCCCGGCUCCCCAGCUCCUCUACCUGUACGGAGGCGACGGCCGGGGCGGGGUGGUGCCCGCCGCCCUGGGCUUCGCGCCGGCCCGCCAGGAGAGUCCGCAGAAGCCGCCCUACAGCUACAUCGCGCUCAUCGCCAUGGCCAUCAAGGGCGCGCCGCAGCAGCGCGCCACGCUCAGCGGCAUCUACCAGUUCAUCAUGGACCAGUUCCCCUUCUACCACGACAACAAGCAGGGCUGGCAGAACUCCAUCCGCCACAACCUGUCCCUGAACGACUGCUUCGUCAAGGUGCCCCGGGAGAAGGGCCGCCCCGGCAAGGGCAGCUACUGGACGCUGGACACCGGCUGCCUGGACAUGUUCGAGAACGGCAACUACCGUCGGAGGAAGAGGAAGGCUAAGAGCCAGCAGGACGCGCGGGACCCCUAAGCCGCGGGGUACAAGCGCGCCAGGUGUCCUGGGUCCGUGCGGGGACCACGAUCCUCUCUGGGACGUCCCGCUGGCUCGGAGGCAGCGGCGGCGCAGCCGGACGCGAAAGCGCUUCUGGUCGAGUCGAACCGCGCGGAGCCGACUCCCCGUCACCCCGGUUCCGAGCUGCGCCCCGGCCGAGACGCACGUGCGCACGUCCGGGGCCGAAGGACAGCGGCCAGUGGGGGAGACGAGGAGCGAGUCGGUUUCGGAAACGCUGACCCGGGCGCGCGCGUGCAGCACGCGCCCAAAGGGCACGCGCUGAGCGUGAGCCCCAAAUCCAAAAGUUUCAGCAUCGAGAGCAUCUUGUCCCGCGGCGAGGGCGAAGCGCGCGGCGGCGUCCCCGGGCUGUCCGCGGGGACACCGGGGACGUGCGCAGAGCCCGGCGCGCCCGCGCCCGCGCCCCUCGGCGCGCGGCCGCACCAGUUGUACCAGAUGGGAUUCCCGCUGUGCUCUUACCCGUCCGUCGCCCGGCUGCAUUUUAAAUGAGAGCAGCUCGAGACCGUCCUGCGUUUUACCCACGAACGGAAUUGAAAGUGGUUAUUAUUUGUGGUCAAUGAGCAAAAAAAAGUGUUUAAAGUGCGCACGAGGGCCAGAUUGUGAAAGUGAAAGCUCGGCGCUUCUCUCUUCAUUAACUAAGCGGCUGAAAACUAAAAACUAAAUGAUGUUCAAACAUUUCAUUGUGCUCUGGAUGUGUGCAGAAAAGGGAAAACGACAGUGUGAUUUAUUUGACAAAAAAUGUCAAAAUAUAAAUUGUAUUGGAAGGUUGUAAUGUCACUUUGCUGUGACAACAUUCUGUGUCUUCUUUUAUAACGCUUUUGAUAUCAAGGAUGCAGCUCUCAAGGGGACUGAGGCUUGUUCAGUGUUUCUGUCCUGUACACUUGAUUUAUUAAAAAUGUAUUAUUUAUCCGAUGUGAUUGGAUAACAUUGACAUUUUCUCUGCCAGCAGUUAAAUCAACUUUACGCGGACGGUAAGAAACAUCAUCAAAAAGAGUUUCACUGUUCUGGUGUGAAACGACAGAGCAGUUUGAUCCGUUGGAGUCAGUUUAGAGUCAGAAGAAUCACGUGACGGCUCAUCAUCUAAACCGGACAACUGACGCCUUUUAUUGAAAUCAAUAUAGUGAUUGAAUAUGGUGAGAAAUGACUGGUUCUCUUUGUGCUUACAUGAUGUAUAACAGGAGUAUUAAUCCAUGCAGAGAGGAUUUCGUCUAACAAAGGUCCAGAACAUCUCUGUUAAUAAUGACGCUAUGAUUUAGCUUUUUAUAUUGUUGUAUGUGUCGUUAAAAAUAAAGAAAGUUACGUUGAAUAAUACCUCAACAAUAUUCAUCAUCAGUUUGAGAAAGGUCGUGGUUAUCUUAAAAUAUUUAGAUUUUUUCAAAUGAAAUAAGAUUCAUGAACAGAGAAAAGAAGUAAGAUAUAUCAGAAUCAGAACAGUUUUUUGACAAGAAUGUUACACAAAUGUUGGAAAAUGUUUGGGGAAAGUUACAAAAAGUUUAAUAAUCAAGUCAUCAUUUGAAAAUAUUGAUAGAUAAUAGUACGUUAAAAUAGGUACGUUUUGAAAGAGGCAAGUGUAAUUUAAUAUAGAGUGUGUAACGGUAAGAAAUUGUCCCGGGGUUGUGUGAGUCGGAGUCAGCAGGGGGUCCCGUGCGUUGUGAACACAACGGCAUGCAGGUGGGUUAACACGAUGAGAUUAUUCCUUCGAAUUUCUCACGUGGUAAAUAAAAAAACAAAAACAAA